UCGAAACUUCUCGCGUGCAUCGUCAUCGUCGUUCGGGGGAGGAUCGAUCAAGGGGCGAACGUCGAUCUUCGUUGAUCGAGCGCAUCCCCUCGGUCGUGAACUAUGCGAGUUGCGUGUGCCUCGUGGAACAACCCUCGAACUUGUUGCUAACGAACCGACGGGGUUAGGGACGGUGUCGAAUAAAAUGAUAAACUGAAUCGAUCAACGACAGUGACGGGGGAUCGUCGAUCGUAUGGUAAAGAUUUGUGGAAUAUCGUGGACACGGAUGUUUCGUUUCAGCACCGAGGAUACCUGAAAAAUAACUUGGUGGUUUUCACGAAACACGGUUCAGGAGUGAUUUAAGCUUUUGAUCUUCGUAGUGUAUAGGCGGUUGAUUGGGAGAGCUACGCGGAGAUCUGAAAAACGUUGGCCAGUGGGGUUUUCCAUGCCAGUCGCUGCCGGAAGCCGUUUCCGUUUCCACCGCGGAUCGACAGCUGCGGGAUCCUCCGGAUGAGCCUGACGUCGACAGGCAACCAUGUCUACGAGCGCGUACAACGACUCGAGAUUGGCGUCGACGACGUUUCCGGGUUUCAACGCCACCCAGAAUGCCACCGCGACGCCCGUGAACGAAAGUUUCGGCGUGGAUAUCACCACCGCCAUACUCUGGUACUUCUACGACAAGUUCCACAGCAAGACCAAUUACUUGUUGAUCGUCCUCUACGUCCCCGUCAUGGCACUCGCCGUCACGGCCAACGUCCUCGUCAUCGCGGUCGUUUUCAAGUACCACUACAUGCGCAGCGUUACUAACUACUUCGUGGUGAAUCUGUCGGUGGCGGAUCUUCUUGUGACCACAAUUUGUAUGCCCGUGGCCGUCAGUCAAGCAGUCUCGGUCGUCUGGAUCCACGGAGAAGUCAUGUGUAAACUGUCCUCGUAUCUCCAGGGUGUUGCUGUGGCCGCUUCGGUGUUCACCAUAACCGCGAUGAGCAUCGACAGAUACCUGGCGAUAAGGAGUCCAAUGGCGUUUCGACGCGUUUUCAAUCGCAAGAGCACCGUCAUCGUUAUCAUCGCCCUCUGGCUGGUCGCUUUAAUCAUAUUCUCUCCGGUCCUAAGAGUGAUGACCCUUCAAAAUCCCGGCAUGGAGCUUGACAACAUAACUCUCUCCGAAUCCUGGACGUCGACGGGAAACUUUGCAGAAAAUACCUCGCGCGUGUCACAGUUGCCACCUGCUUUCUACAUUUGUUCGGAAGAUUUCAAGCUACUGGGCAUUCGUGCGCAUCUUUUCGGCGCUGUCUGUUUCGUGCUGGUUUAUGCCAUUCCCGGUUUCGUCGUGAUACUGUCCUACUCCAUGAUGGGUCGUACGCUGUGCUCCAGGAAACCGCCGUUUGAUUGCGACAGCGUCGAAGGAAGCGCUAGUUCGCAACAGAGCUUCCGGCUGGUACGUGAGAGAAGGCGAAUUGCUUGGAUACUGCUCCUUCUGGCGGUGCUUUUCGCUCUCUGCUGGCUACCGUACAACGUUCUGAUGCUCCUGAUCGACCUGGGCAAAGUCGGUGAUGAUGGCAGAGCGACGAUGGACGCCCUAUCGUACUGCCUUUUUCUGGGACACGCGAACAGCGCGUUGAAUCCUGUGGUGUACUGCUUCAUGACUCGCAAUUUUCGGCGAAGCGUGGCCGAGAUUCUUCGCCGCGGUCCCCACGGGUUGGCGCGUCGAAAACCUCGUCGCAAAAGUGUUCAAGGAACCGCCGUGAUCGAUGACGUGUGCGCAGGGUGCAGUACCGGCGGUGGCUCGAUGAGGCGAGGGCUGCUACGAAAGCGGAAAAUGUUGCCCGGAUGCGGAUGUGGGCUGGCGAUCGGCGGUCACCACACGAUUUUGGCAGUGAGGCGUACGGCGACGUCCAGCAGCGGGUACGACAGCUUCUACAGCAAGCACAGUCCUCAUCGGCGUUGCUACAUGCUACGAAGCCUUAGGGAGAAGCAACAAACGGCAGCUGGCAAGCCGGGGAACGCUGGCAAACAACAGGAAACCUGCUACGAGAAGAACGAUCACGAGGUCAGCCAACCUCGCGCGAACACUCUGGUCACCACCGACGAACAGCGUGGCUCAUGAGCGCCUCGAUUCGCUAAUUACAAUAAUUUUCAAUUAUUUUUGUCGGUCAGAGCUGUUAACACUUUGUCGAUCGCUUGCCAAGUAACUAACUUUUCGUUGCCAGUGUGAAUUUCGUCGCCAAAAUGAAUAUUAAAUGAUAUUUUAACGAUUAUAAAUCACGACGAAACGCUUCGAAAGAAGUUAUGUACUUUGAUCUUAAGCCGGCGGAUAAAGUGUCAACGCUUCGAUGGCCGUGCAAAGACGACGGAGACUUAGGCGAGAGUUUCGAUACAAUGAAAGUUUUCAAACUGAUCUACGAAUAGUCAAAUAUCAGCCACUGUUUUCUGAGGCGGUUCCUUUCGUUUUGUUUUAUUUAUUCGUUUAUGGUUAUUUUACUGUAGAUUUCAUAAUACGAGGUAAUUUCAUAAGUCUCUGUAUAGUUUUGUACAAGUAAAAAAGUACAGAAACCUUGCACUGGGACUAAUAUGAUUCAGAUUUGGGUGGAAAUGGCCCGCCAUACGAGCAAGAACUUGUGAAAUUACCUGAAACACGUACGGGAUAAGAACAAACUCAUAGUACAACCAGGUAUCGGACGAUUCCUCGAAGAAAAAUAAAUCGAAGACGUAGAAUAAAAUUUCUCGACACUUCGUUUUCGAUUACGGGAAAAUCGAGUGUGCGUGCGAUCUAGUGCGAUAUGGUUUACGUAUCUGCUCAUUAAGACAUUGACGUUGAUACGAUAUCGUCUGUUUUUCGUCAAUUUUACUAUCCUCUGAUCAAUCGAUACCAAUUAAAACGGAUGGUAGCAUAGCAUCAUCGAUAUGUACAAAUUACAGAUCACGAUUUUCGCUCGUAACAUUUGCUUAAGGACAUAUUAAAUUGAUAUGCAGGUUAAUUAAGCAACAACUUGUUGUUUAGUAUUCAUUGUUAACGCACGAAUGAAUGGUUGCAGCGAGUGAAAUGGAUGAUUCUUAGACGAUUAAUAAUCUGCAUGUAUAUAUAAACGUAUAAAAGCUGCUAACAGACGAGAAAUGCAAUGACUUUUCUUCAUCAAAGUGGAAAUGCUUUAUAUUAUCACGAAUGAAAAUAAAAUUUAAG